AUGCGAAUACUCUGUCUCCAUGGAUUCGGCAUGAAUGUCGAAGUGAUGAAACGCCAAAUGGCUGCGUUGCUAAAGUUCUGCGAUCCCAGCUGGGACUUUGUUUUUCUGGAAGCAACUAUAGAUUGCCCACCUGCUCCUGGAGCAAGAGCUGUCUCACCUGGUCCUUUUUUCUGCUGGUCAAGAGAUUUCAAUCCUCUAAGUAUGGAGUCUGCGUACGCCUCCGUAGAUGAGGUCUUUAAGCAACGUGGCCCCUUCGAUGGCACCUUUUGUUUCAGUCUUGGUGUGGCCGUGAUGGUCGGCUAUUUGCUUCAGCAAGUCACUUUACAUCCAGACAUGCCUCUUCCCGUGAGAUUUGGCAUAUUUUGUUCGGCUGUCCCUAUUGUAGCUGUAGAUUUGGAAUAUCGUCGCUCUGUAUUUGGCUCUUUAUCAGCUGAAGACAUUCGAAGUCUACACUCCACGGAAGACGAUCGUCUUGCUCAGAUCGCCGAGCCUGCCCGAACGGCUGUCCGGGUUUUAUUAGGAGCUACCGAUGUACUGGGACCAGUUAUUCGUCUGACACGCAAAGACUUACUGCAUCGUCCGCUGUUGGAAAUUCCUUGUCCGCUGGAUCCGAAUCUGAUGAAAGCGCGUCUUUCUAUUCCAACGCUGCAUGUUAGAGCAAAGGACGAUGAACCGGGUUUGAAAGUGACUUCAGCUUUGGCUGGGUCCUUUUGUGAAUCAAAGCAGAGGCGAAUAUAUGAGCAUAGCGCUGCUCAUAAUCUUCCCCGCUCUGAGGCUGAGGCGCAAGAGAUGGUGGCUGCCAUGGAGUGGGUGAUCUCGAAGAGUCAGAUGUCAAAGCUAUGA